GUAUCCUGUAAUUGCUGCACAGACUGAUAGCCCGACAGAGAUCAGAAGGGUUCAUGGUCGUAGCAUGGCAGGAAGCCGGCUGGAGAAACUCGGGACAGUGUUUACCAGAACACGAGAUUUGAUCCGUGCAGGAGUGAUAAAGCAAAAUGAGAAGCCAAUCUGGUAUGAUGUAUAUGCUGCCUUUCCACCUAAAAGAGAACCCUCCUACGUGAGUCCCCCAAAACGUCGCCCGAAACCUGUUGAUAAUGUGCCUGCAAUUUUUUACAAAGAAGAUAUCAUAAGAGCAAAAUUUUAUGACACCUAUGGUAGCCCUGGAAUGCUUAAUUUGAGCAGAUCGGAUUACAAAUCCACAUGCCAAAAGUUUGUGGAGGAAUAUUUAGAACUUCAAAAAUCUGGAGUAGUAAGUGAAGAAAAUUUGUUUGAAGAGACCGGAAAAGCUCUGCUCUCGCAAGGUGUCAUUUUAAGAAGGUCGGGAGUAACAACGGUAUCAAAUCAGCCAUCUUCUGCAUCACAAAGAUCAUCAGAGUCAAGGGUUGCAUCAAUAAUAGAUCAGAUGAAACAUUCAGAUGAGACUGACGAGUCCGUCUGCCCCAUAACGCCUAAAGAAGAAGGUUUAUAAGGAACAUUACAGAGCCUAAGGACUGUACAGUUGUCCGUGAAUGCACCUAAACAACAUUUGAAAAUAAAAAAAGGAAAGUCCAA